AUGUGUCCAACACCUGUCGAUCUUAAGCCACGGCCCACGACACACCCUUUCAGCCGCAUACAUACCUGCUAGACGCUUCCACAUACCUGUCACCAAGAAUUGUGCUCUAUUCCGUAACCUAGCAAACUCUCGCUAAAUCGUGAAAUCAUAUAUAAUAACUCAGUUUUCCAUAGUGUGAAAUUGCAGGGGGAUCAAUCAUCUCUUAUCACAGAACCCUAAUUCUCACUCAGACUUUAUCAAUGGCUGAGGGUGCAAAACCAGUUGUACCAAGUACCGAGCUAUUGGAAUGGCCAAAGCAGGAUAAGCGUCGUUUUUUGCAUGCUGUGUACCGUGUGGGAAACCUUGAUCGGACAAUCAAGUUUUAUACUGAAUGUUUUGGUAUGAAGCUCUUGAGGAAAAGGGAUAUCCCGGAAGAAAAAUAUUCCAAUGCAUUUCUUGGUUUUGGCCCGGAAGAGUCUCACUUUGUUGUGGAGUUGACUUAUAAUUAUGGAGUUAACAAGUAUGACAUUGGGACUGGAUUCGGGCAUUUUGCCAUUGCAACUCAAGAUGUUUACAAAUUGGUUGAGGAUGUAAAGGCAAAAGGUGGAACUGUCACCCGUGAGCCAGGCCCAGUCAAAGGUGGAACAUCUGUUAUUGCCUUUGUCAAGGACCCAGAUGGCUACCUUUUUGAAAUAAUUCAACGAGGUCCCACUCCUGAACCUCUUUGCCAAGUGAUGCUUCGUGUGGGUGAUCUUGACCGUUCUAUCAAAUUCUAUGAGAAGGCAUUAGGAAUGAGACUUCUGAGAAAAAUUGACCGUCCAGAACAAAAGUACACAUUAGCCAUGAUGGGAUAUGCUGAAGAACACGAGACGACUGUUUUGGAACUUACGUAUAACUACGGUGUAACCGAGUACACAAAAGGAAAUGCAUAUGCACAGGUUCUGGUUGACAAUGCAGAUUUUCUCAAGGAACUUGAGGCAAAAGAGUAG